GAGAAAGGCAGGCUGCUGCCAGGCCCCUAAUCUGCCAUGGGCCCCUGUACCGCCUCCUCAUGCUGCUGCCAGGUCCACAGUGUCUCAUGCCAUGUGCAGCACUUUCAGGUCUCCUCACACUGCUGGUGUGUUCCAUUUUUUUGUCAUAGGGUGCUGGCAGAUUACGGGCCUCCCAUAGCUGCUGCCAGGCCCCUAAUCUGCCAUGGGCCCCUAUACCGCCUCCUCAUGCUGCUGCCAGGCCCAGAGUCUCUCAUGGGACCCUGUACGGCCUCCCAUUGCUGCUGUCUCCAUCGCCACACUCUGCCAUGUGCCACUUCAGGUCUCCUCACACACUGCUGGUGUGUUUCAAUUUUU